AUGCGUCCUAUUGUCAUUAAGGGCCAUAGCCGUCCUGUCACACAGCUUAAAUUCAACCGCGAGGGUGAUUUGUUUUUCUCCACCGGUCGUGAUGGCUUGGUGAACGUCUACUACAGCGAGAACGGUGACAUGCUUGGAACUUUUCAGUCCAAGGGUGCAGCCUACUCGGUUGACAUCGAUCCCACGACGACGUUUGUUGUUUCAAGUACCUCUGGUAUGAAGGUCUUCAUGUGGACUGUCAAAGACGGCAAGGAGAUUUUCUCUAUGGACACCAAGUCCACGCCCCGUUUCGUUGAGCUCUCUCCCAACGUAAAGCAGCUUUUGGUGGUCACAGAAGAGCAGAUGGGUCAGACUAGUAGCAUUUUCCUGUACGAUAUCGAUAUGUCGGAUGUCCAGAAUCCGCAGGUUGCUGAGAACAAGAUGAUCCUCCGUAAAACGUCUCCCUUCAUCAAGGCAUCGUGGACCUACGACGGCAAGCACAUUAUCGCCAUUCAUCGCGACGGAUCGGUGAGCAAGAUCAAUUCCGAGAGCGGAGAGGUCGAGAAGGAAGCCAAAAUUCACGAAGAUUCUUGUGUCGACCUCCAAAUGUCCAAGGACCGCACCUACUUUGUCACUGCCUCCCGUGACAAGACUGCCCAUCUCUGCUACGUUGACGACAUCGAGGUCCGCAAGACAUAUCUUGGUGAUGUUCCGUUCAAUUCGGCCGCCAUCACCCCCGUCAAAGACUACGUCGUUGCUGGUGGUGGUAUCGAUGCCAAGUCCGUCACCACCUCAUCCGACGGCCGCUUCCAGGUGCACUUCUUCCACAAGCUUUUCGAGGAUGAUCUUGGUCGCUUAGGCGGCCAUUUCGGUCCUAUUAAUCACAUGACCGUUCAUCCCCAUGGUACAUGCUUUGUUUCCGGCUCUGAAGAUGGUUACAUUCGUUUGAACCACUUUGAUCCUUCCUAUUUCGAGUUCACCUAUGGUGUUCCCUCCUCUGCUUAA